AUGUUAGCCCUUCGCUUCUACGCCUCAGGGUCUUUUCUCCAAAUCGUUGGAGAUUUACAGGGAUACGAUAAGGGCACAGUAAGCAAAAUUGUCGUGGCAGUUAGUAAUGCUCUGGUUGGCAUCAAAGAUGACUUUAUCAAAUGGCCCACAGAACAGGACGAGUGCAGAAAAAUUCACACAGGAUUCUAUGAAGUCAUCGGAUGCGUUGAUGGUACCCACAUUAAGAUACAGUCACCAUCAACCCCACUGUGGUUUCGUGAAAAUGGAGAAGGCCCUAAUAAACCGACCUACGAGUCUUGCUUCGUCAACCGUAAGCAGUACCACAGUAUCAACACACAGGGAAUCUGUGACCACAGAGGGAAACUUAUAAAUGUGGUAGCUCGCUGGCCUGGAGCCACACACGACUCCCACAUCUUCAAGGAGAGCGAAAUUGGACAGCACCUCUCCGAGAACAACAUGCAAGAAGGCUAUCUGUUGGGAGAUUCCGGCUAUCCUUGUAAGCCGUUUCUUUUAACCCCCUAUCUGACGCCCACAACACGUGCUGAGAAACGCUAUAACUCAGCUCAGAAGAAGACACGCAAUUCCAUCGAGCGUUGUUUUGGGGUGAUGAAGAGACGAUUUCAUUGUCUUCAUGGGGAAAUCCGAAUGCGUCCUGACAGAACAUGUAAAAUCAUCAUUGUUUGUUGUGUCCUGCACAAUAUUGCUGCCGCUGUUUGGACGUCCAAGGCGUGAACCACGACAAAGACAUGUCUACCAGUGUCCUAAUGAUGGGUUUGCUAUGCGGAAAUUUGUCACUGAACGUUUCUUCUAAUAGGCAAACUUCAAAUACACAUUCAGGGUUCACCGAGUGUAUGCAGUAAGAUUUACUUUCAAAACAAGCAUCACAGA